AUGAACCACAACUCGGCUUCAUCCUCCUCCACUCCUCAGCAGCCAUCCUUUCUCAACCCUCUUGUGCAACAACAACAACAUGCCUUGCACCAUCAUCGGGGAUCUUCAUCAUCGGCACAGUCAUCAUCAUUGGCAACUGGUAGACUUUUUGCAUUUCCAGCAACAGCAGCAUCCUCUACAUUGAAUACCAGCAUGGACGAGUUGAAUCAAUACAAUCAAGCAUUGAAUGCUUUGCAAUCCAUUGAGAAUCAAUUUGAUUUGAACGUGGAAGAAUUUCUGAAUGAAGAUGAAGUCGAGGAUGCCACCACCUCCUCUCACUCCGGCGUGAUCAACAACAACCACACAAAUACUCCGAGUGGUAUGAACUCGAAUCAUCAUAUCGUGACUGCUGGAGGUGAUGCUGGUGCAGGCUUGUUCUUUGAUAACACCUCUCUCUAUCAAGCAUCUCCACAGAAUGCAUCCCAAGCAAGCACACCAUUUGGUGGUCCACCAACCAACAAUUCACAAGCAAGCACCACACAUCAAUUGUUGCAAAAUGCACAUAAUACUGUCAUGCAACAUAACAAAUUGUUGCAAACUUAUCUAAAUAGCAUGGGACAACAGGUCUCUGCCAGGCCAAAUGUUUCCAUUCAGCAACAACAAGGAGUGCCAUCUCAAACCAAUGCGCAAAAUGUGGGAAUGCCAAGAACAUCCAGUUUUAAUCAACUGACCAAUUUAACCCUAACUUCACCACCACAGCCCAAAGUAAGCAGCUCGUUGAAUGCUUUCGACACUCUUGUACCUUCAUUCAAUGGCACAAAGCAAAGCUCGUCAAAGCCAAACUCUAGUAACAAUCCAUCCGCUUCGUCCAACACGGCACAACAAAAAAGUUCAAGUUCAUCUACGUCAACCACUUCAUCCGCAUCUUCUCCUUCGAUGCAAUUCUUUUCGACACUAGAUAAAGGAAUUCAUUCUGUGCAGCAAGUUAUUGUGAAUGGAGGAAUUACGAGCGUUCAAGUUUGGUCGAACUGUUUGAUGCAACUCAUUCCCAUUCUAAAAGUCAUGGAUGACACCAUACCUGAUACAAUUAUUGGAGGAAAAUCAGUGUCAAAUCGAAAGAAGACACCUCUCAAUGUUUCCAUCGAAGUUUCUCUUGAUCGAUUCAGAAUGCUAGUGAGUACAAUUAUUAACAUGAUGAGGCAAAGAAACCCACUAUUGGAAAAAGAAGGAGCAGCGUUUUGUCAAGUCAGCGAAAAGUUAAGCUUAAUCGUCAAUUUGGAAGAUUUGAGCUCUAAAAUUCAACGUAAUGAAAUUGCCUUUAGUGAUGAUCUGUGGCGAGCAGAUGUGUCACUCCUUAUGAGCAAUCAAGAGCAAGAUAAGGGUCUUACUAGAGAUAAAGCAAAAAAGAAAAAGAAUGAGAAUUUAAGAGAAGGUUUCUCAGUAUUCAGUAAUCCAGAAAAUCCAGCUACUACCGUAAUCCAAUAUGCUCCAAUCAAAGCUGGUGUCGUUUCCAACAAUAAGAAAAAUUGUCAGCUCAGAUACAAACUUUGUUAUGACAAUUGGCUUGUUUACUAUGUUGAUUCUACCAAGUUAUUUGCCAUUAAUUGUGGUAAGAAUACCAAGUCAAAGAAAAAAUCAUCUAAAUCUACAGAGGAUGAGACUGGAAAAGAAGACGAAGAAAUGGAUGGAGCCUCUAAUGAUGAACAGUCUCCUUCUUCUCCACAACUUCCAGUUACUUCAAGCCAUCCAGAAAAGUCCUCACUUUCAAGGUCUGCUUCCACAGCUUCUCUGGGCUCAUCUGUUUCUUCAAGCGCAGAACGGCCGUCCACGAUUGCUGUUGCUUCAAACGGCAGCUUUGUUGUCUCUCCAAAAUCUGGCUCCAAUGCUGGUGGAUAUUUCAUAUUCAUUCAAUGUACCUUUGAUAGUAGAUUAAUUACUGAUCUUCAAGAGGUGAAAGUUUUUCUGGGAGAUCAAGAGGCAGAAAUUAGACAAAUUAAUCAAAAUGCAAUUUUCAUUGUUGCUCCAAAAACGCAAAUGAAAGGCAUCGUUCCCAUUGAGAUUAGAACAAAUAAUUUUACCGUUUCCAAUCCAAAUGAUCUGAAAUUUGAAUUUUUAGAUGAAAAUGCUACUUCGAACAUUUUAGUGGAUGUAAAUGAAAAAAAGAGAAAAUUCGACGCUUGCUGUGACUCGGUUGAGGUCAGCAGCGUCAAUAACACAACCAAUUCAAAUGCAUUCAAUCCAGCAAUAGUGAGUAACUGUGCUCCGUCAUCAUCGACGAUGCCAAAGGAGAAGAAGAAAAAGAAGAGAAAGGAAGUGCUUACACCGUACAGACGUGAAUGGGCAAUUGUUAUUGCCAUUGACAAGUAUCACCACAAUGGACUUCUUCAUGAGUCGUCUGCAUCAUCUGUACACGAUGCCAUGAACUUGGCCAAUAUUUUGACCAAGAUUUAUGGCUUUGAAGUUCGAUUACUUCUCAAUGAGGAGGCCACUUGGGCAAAAGUCAAUCAAUUAUUUGUUUCUCUAGCUGAAAGUGACAGUCUACAAAAUGAUGACGCAAUCUUGAUCUAUUUUACAGGAGUAUCUAUUUCAAAGCAAUAUAUUAAUGGUUACACUGAAAAUUAUUUGGCUCUUUAUGACACUGAUCCUGACAAUUUGAUUAAUACAGCCAUUUCUCAACAAUCAUUUGUGAAUUUCCACCAUAGACUCAGCGCAAAGCACAUUUUGUUUGUUUUGGAUACCUUCUACAAUGGAAUUAUGAUGAAGGUAGUCAAUGAUGGUCAUCCUUCCAAAGACAUGAAGUACUAUGCCACCAACAAGGCAGUUCAAAUGAUUUGUGCUUCUCAAAGACAAACUGGUAUGAGGCCAGGAAUUUUCAGUAAGGAACUGGUCAACCUGUUAACCACCAUGAAAUGGGGUAAUGAUGGUAUCAAGAGUGGCCACCUAACUCUCACUCCUUUCUACACCACCAGUGAUCUUGGAAAACAGCUCCAACUUCGUGUACAUAAGGAAACCAAUGGAGUACAAGUUCCUCGCUUUGGUGACAUUGAGCUAGGAGGAGGAAACUUUUUAUUUAUUCCUAAAAGUUAUGAAAAGCAUAGCUACAAUUCAGAACUCGAAAGAAUUGUUUCCCUACUUUCUCUCUAUGAAGAUUAUAUCCAAAAUAUGAAUUUGGGAGACAUGGGAAAGCAUGAAUCUUUGAUGUCUUUGCUCAAACUUAAAUUUUUCCAAAUCUCCAAUUACUACUUGCAAACAUUUGAAACAUUAAUCAAGGAAGAAAAGAUUCAGCUACGAUCUGAUAUUUAUGCAAGCCAAAAAUUGAACCUUACUGAAAUUAUUAAGACGGUUCGUUACAGUUAUUUGGCUCUCUAUCGAUGGGCUGACGAUUGGAUUCUUCAUAACCCGUAUCAUUUGGCAGAUGCCAAUAAGAAGCUGUUAGAUUCAAAUCCAAGUGCUGUUGUGAAAAGAAUUUUCGUGGUUGGUCUCCCAAAUAUGAGUGAAAAUGAUGAAAAGCAAUACAUCAAACUCAUGAAAUAUCACCACAAUUGCGGCAUUGAGGUUCGAGUCGUUCAACAUAAGGAUUUAGACGACCGAAAGGAAAUUCCACAUAAUUUUUCAAUCCUGGAUUCGAGACUUGCUCACUACCUCUCUUUCGAGGAUGAUUAUCCAAAAUCUGUCAUUAUUUUCAAUAGAAAGUCGGUUGCUGAUUUGUAUUACUCAAAGUGGGUGUAUGUAUACAAUCGAUCGAUUCCAUUCAGUACUUACUUCGCAGAGAAGUAUCCAAAUGAGGUUGUUGAAGAUAUUCAAACUGAUGUGGAACCCAUUCAAUGUCAGAGUGGAUGCAACUUGGAUCAUACAUCAGCACAAGUGACUGCUCCAAGUUCAGAGCAAGACAAAAACAUGAGCUUGACUGAUCCUCUCUUAUCAUUUGACAUUCAUGAGAAUAUUGAAACUUUACAAAUUUGUUUGGAUCCAUUAUUGCAAGGGUUCAAGAAAAAGUUCCUCGAAAUGAUCAAUACCCCAAAGGAUAAGCAUGCUCGCCAUUGCGGAAAGUGUUUAUUAUUGCAAAAGUUCCAUUCCAUUAGCAUGCAUUAUGAAAAUCAAAUUACUACAUUUUUCUCAAAGGGUGAAAUUGUCGUCCAUGCAAAUUUCUAUGAUACCAUGAGACUUCGAUUGCAUGACAUUCAGGAAUAUGUAGAGCGAAGUUAUGUUGGUGUUAUUCCCAUUCAUGCAUGGAGAGCAAACAAUAGAGCUACUCAAUCACCAUAUUUCACACAUGAGACUGUAUUGGAAAUUGCUGAUAUGAACAAGAGAUUGCGAGAACGAAACUCUAAUAUUGUUCUUCAAAGUAUAUUUGUAUUUUAUAAGGGUUUAUUUGGUCAAAAUGGUGAAUUUUCUGCCGGGACUUUGAAUGAAAAUGGAGUGACAAAAAGCACCAUUAUUGCUGGAUUGAAAUAUCAUAGAGAUUGUGGCAUUGACGUAUUGGUGACAUUUUUAGAUCAUUUGGAACAAGUGAAGGAAGCAGUUGCAGGUAAUUUCUGUAUUAUUGAUGGAAAAGUGUGCGGAUCAACCACACUCUCGAGUGAACCAUCAAAAUGCUCUGGAACUCAUUCCUAUUAUGUGAACUCGAUUGACGGAGGAGCAGAGAAUGUCAAGCAAAAGAAGGAGCUGUGGAAUAUCUCAAAUCCAAUGCCAUGCCAUUAG